AGACUGCACUCUACACUGCCCUGGGGCAUUGGGAAUUUUUUUUAGACCCGAGGAAAGGGUGCUUCCAAAUGGCUCUCCAACACUACUUCCAGCAGCAUCUGGUCUCCCAUCCAGGGACUGACCAGAACCAACCCUAUUUAGCUUCAGAAGCAAGGUAGSAGUAGGAUGCAGAGGGUGGUAUGCAUAUUUUCAGUCCCUGUAGCUCCGCGCACCAUUGUUCCGUCGUUGUUUCAGGCAACAAUGGCCGUGUUUGAGAGCAUCAAAACGAUUGCAGGCUACUGCCGACUGACUGAUCUACAAAUCACCCGUCAAUAACUACUAACUGUUGUAGAUCGGUCAGUCAGUCAGAAUUUACCCAUGAUGCAUUGCGGGUUUGAUCCUCUCGAACACGGCCAUUGUAACCAUUGUGUAACCAUUUCUAUUUGGGGCGGUCUUCUGAUUUGUUGUGGCAUUGACAGGUAACUAGGAAAACAGAAAUCCCAUUUUAUAAUCUCACCGUCCACCCUCCGUUGGAGUUUUACUGCUCUACAAACAGACGGAUCAACAUGGACGUCGGAUUUCGCCACCCUGUUCUUCUUUGCCUAAUCCUAGCGGUUUUGGGCUUGGUUCUGGCCGAUUUGGAUGGCCCUUUGAUGGGGGCACCCGGGUCUGCCGUCCGUUUGUCGGAAAACGACCCAGGUCUAAAGAAAGCACUGAAGUUUGCAGAAGAGCGCUAUAACAAGGGGUCCAAUGCGAUGCACGUUCGCAGAGUUAGCAAGAUCCUCUCUGCCAGUAAACAGCUGGUGAAGGGUAUCCGAUACAGCCUCAUGGUGGAACUAAGUAACACCCAGUGUAAAAAGGCUGCCAGACUGAGGGUCUGUGACUUCUACCCAGAAGAACACAACCUAAAGACAGAGGUAUGUGUGUUUGAGGUCUGGGACAUUCCCUGGGAGAGCAAGUCCACCCUUCUCAAACAGAAGUGCCAGCCAGCAGUUGAUCCCAAACCAGUUGAGACCAACAAAGUCGAAUUUCUGCCCCUCUCCACCAAACCAGUUAAGACCAACAAAGUUGAAUUUCUACCCCUCUCCACCAAACCAGUUGAGGUAAUAGAAAACAUAGCGUUUGUGGAGUCAGUGGAUUCUGUGGAGCUUCUGGGUCAGUUCAAAGAGUUUAUGGUCAGAUACAAUAGGACUUACAGCAGCCAAGAGGAGGCUGACCGGCGGCUGCGUGUCUUCCAUGAGAACUUGAAGACUGCUGAGAAGCUCCAGUCUCUGGACCAGGGUACAGCCGAGUACGGGGUCACCAAGUUCAGCGACCUCACAGAGGAGGAGUUUAGGACUCUGUACCUGAACCCCCUGCUGAGCCAGCAGAACCUCCAGCGGUCCAUGAAGCCUGCAGCCAUGCCCCACGGCCCCGCCCCGCCCAGCUGGGACUGGAGAGAGCAUGGAGCUGUCAGCCCCGUCAAGAACCAGGGCAUGUGUGGUUCUUGCUGGGCAUUCUCAGUGACAGGCAACAUUGAGGGCCAGUGGUUCGCGAAAACUGGCAAACUAGUGUCUCUCUCUGAGCAAGAGCUGGUGGACUGUGAUACAGUGGACCAGGCCUGUGGGGGCGGGCUUCCAUCAAAUGCGUAUGAAGCUAUCGAGAAGCUGGGUGGUCUGGAGACAGAGACUGACUACAGCUACACCGGCAAGAAGCAGAGCUGUGACUUCACCACUGACAAAGUCACCGCCUACAUCAACAGCUCUGUGGAGCUGUCCAAGGAUGAGAACGAAAUCGCUGCUUGGCUGGCUGAGAACGGACCAGUAUCUGUGGCCCUGAACGCAUUCGCAAUGCAGUUCUACAGGAAGGGCGUGUCCCACCCUCUGAAGAUAUUCUGCAACCCCUGGAUGAUUGACCAUGCAGUGUUGCUCGUGGGCUACGGAGAACGUCAAGGCAAACCUUUCUGGGCCAUCAAGAACAGCUGGGGAGAGGACUAUGGAGAACAGGGUUACUACUACCUGUACAGGGGAUCCAGGCUCUGUGGGAUCAACAAGAUGUGCUCGUCUGCCAUUGUGAACUAGGCGAUCUCUCUCUCUCUCACACACACACACACAC